AUGGUUGCUCUUCACAUGCUGUCAACGGUGUCGGCGGCCCUGCUGGUCCUCGCUGCCUUGUCCUCGCCCGCCUCCGCUCGCUCCCUCGACGCGUCUCCUUCGUCGGCGUCCUCGGGGAACCACAGCCUCAGCAAGCGCUCUCUCUUCGACCCGGCGUGCACCGGCAUCUACGACCGCCAGCUGCUGGGGAAGCUGGGGCGCCUGUGCGACGACUGCUACAACGUGUUCCGGGAGCCCAAAGUGGCCACGGGGUGCAGGAGCAACUGCUACUACAACCUCAUCUUCCUCGACUGCCUGGAGUACCUGAUCCCCAGCCACCUUCAGGAGGAGCACAUGGCGGCCCUGCAGACCGUCGGCAAGUAA